UUCUCCAGUUAAGUGGAACGGCGUACAGGAUCGAGCUUGACACAGAUCGUUCGAUGAGUUUGGGUUGGAUGGAAUCUCCGGAUAUGGCAUUUGGGACGAGAUAGAUGAUCUCUCUCAGCUGAUGGCAGAAAUUUCACUUCUGUCAGGAGAAACCACGAAGGUCGGACGGGAUUUGAAACUGUUUUGGGAAGCAUGAAGGUUCUCGGAAUUUGGGUACCUUUAAUUUUCCUCUUGGCUGCACUAUUUCAAGAAAUAUCCAGCGUCAAAGUAGUUGUUAUUCGUGAAGAUCCUAAUGACAAAUCAGUAGAAAGUAGCAGGGAGGGAACAAGUCAUGAAGAAUCCGAAGAAAUUGAUAUGCUAAUGGAUCUUAUUGAGAAAGAAGCUCGUGACCGCAAACCUGCACCCGUGACAACAGUGCGGGUUGUUAAGAGGAAACCUAGUAAGGAAAUGAUAUCAGAGCACAGCUUUCGGAAGGAAAAGAUCGAAAAGCCCAACGAAUACAAAGAAUACCACAUUCAUUAUCAUAAUCAUCAACAUAAAAGUGCUGGAGAAAAGCCAUCUCUUAGUGUCAGUGAUGCUCAUCUCCAUCCUGUAAUUUGGGAUUCUCCCUUUUCACAUGUCACUGGAUUUAAAGACUAUGAACCGCUGUCGAAACCAUAUCGUCUACCCUCAACACCAUAUUAUAAAAGUCCUAAAGUAAGAACUUUUAAGGACUUAGAGCUGUUCCUGCAAUCGAAACUUCGAAAUGUGGAUACGAGUGGAAGGAAUUAUGAAACUAAGAGGCCCAGAGAAACAUAUCACGAAUAUGAUGCGUACGAAGAACAAGCAGCGCUGAGGUCAAAAAAAGUUCGUGGAAAUCCUUUCGACCGUUUGAAGGAAUUUGAUGAGUUUCUAAACUCUGAUUGCGAGACGGAAGACAUUAAUGAAGAUUUUCCGAAUAAGGGCAGAUUUGAAACAUUCACUGAUUUCUCAAAUAUCGAGAGCCCAGACCCUAAAGAUGAGCCACCAGAAAACGACGACGAAAACAAGAAAGAUCGUGCCAUAGAUAUAAAAGAUUUCGCCAUCGUCAUCAAAACGAAACCUCGAACAAGCCCUUCAAAAGAUCAGAUUGAAAACAAGCCUCAAGAUGCCUACAAGGAGGAACACACAGAUGUAAAUUCGAAAACUCAAACAAGGGAUACUACUUUUGGAGUUCAAAGAAAUCCGCCAUUUAAAAUGCCAAGAAUUUUAGAAGCCCCGGGAGGAGCUCCAAAGUAUAUCGAAAGAUUAAAUUUAAUGAAAUAUGCAGACCAAGAAUACAGAAAUGCUGUUCUACGAAAUAACUUACCUCAUAACUUAAAUUCUUUAGAAAAUGAACGCAUGAAGCUUCUCCCGUUAAAUCGAGUGCCAAACCGUAUUUUUUCAAACUUUCAACGUAGAAGCCCCAUUAAUGGAUGGCUCAUUCGAAGGCUUUUAAGGCGAUAAUUUUAGUGAUGCUUGCUAACUUUAAAAAUGUCGUUGAUCGAUGUAUUUUUCUUCAAAUCUGAGAACACUGAUUCUCAAAGCCAAACACUGGUAAUUCUUAAAAUGUUUGGCACUAGAUAUGCCAAAUAAUGAACUGAAAGUUUGUAUAUAGGAGUAAAUUAUGUGGUUGUUUCUGAACAGAAAUUGCUUUAGACUAAUCUCAACAACGAAUUGAAUCUGAUGAUGAAAAUUUACCAAAGGUUAUGGCAGUGCUCACGAAACAUCACGAAAUGUUCAUCACGAAGCAUUCACACUUUGCUGCUUUGAGAAGAAAGCGGAAGAGAAAAAAGUAUGUAACUUGGGCUUGUAAAAAGAAAUGUUUCAUUUGAGGGAAUCAGAUUCGAAAUGCAGGAUAAUAAAUUGAAAUUUAGGUUCUGUCUAACCCUCAUUCGUUUGAAUUGCAUUGAAGUUGAAUCUGAUGUUGAAAAUGUACCAAGGUUUACAGCAUGGCUUCUUAAACAUCGAGAAAUAUCCAUCACGAAGCGUUCACACUUUGCUGCUUUGAGAAGAAAGUGGAAGAGAAGAAGAUUAUGUUAUGAGGAAACAAUGAUAAAUAAAUAGACUUAAUUAUUAAAAAUUAAUUAAUAAUUACAAAUAAGCAUAUUCAUCUACCAACCCGCAGACGAGUGCUAAACCACGCAAUUGGAAUAAAGUUGUUAAAUUUAUUACUUGUGCUUUAUACUUGACAUGACACUUGUGCAACUUUUUAAUUCAAUAAAAUAUUUCACAGCAUUAAAAGAUCAAAUAUAGAGUAAUAUGGCAGAAAUAAAAAAAUUAAUCCAGUCAUUAAAUAAUAAUGUAAUUGUUUUUUAUGUGUGAUUAUAAAAAUAUUACAUAUAGAAGCUACAAGCGGGACAAAUAUUUACUUUAUUUUUGACAGGAAUGUAAAUGGAAAUACAGUUCAGUUCUUAAUGUAAAAUUUACUGUUGUUACAUGAUGCCUUUUUGUGGUAAAUAAAUACUUUUUCAGUUGGCGUUGAAAA